AAAGGUGUGUGGCCACAGUCUCGGGCUUUGCGAGAUCCUUUCCCGUGUGUCUCGUGGUGUGGAGGAGGCAGCCCGGCGACAUGAAGUUAAACGUGUCGUUCCCCGCAACGGGGUGUCAAAAACUGUUUGAGUUUGAUGAUGAGAAGAAAGUACGCAUCUUCAAUGAAAAACGUAUGGGCCAGGAGGUGGAGGCAGACACCCUCGGUGAUGAAUGGAAGGGUUACGUGAUGCGCAUUGCUGGUGGCAAUGACAAGCAGGGCUUUCCCAUGAAACAGGGUGUCCUCACAAACAAUCGUGUCCGUCUCUUGUUGUCCAAGGGUCACUCCUGCUACCGUCCCCGCAGAACUGGUGAGCGCAAGAGGAAGUCAGUCCGUGGUUGCAUCGUGGACUCCAACCUCUCUGUACUUGCUCUGGUUAUUGUCAAGAAGGGUGAAGGGGAAAUUCCAGGGCUGACUGACGGCUCUGUCCCUCGUCGUCUUGGGCCCAAGCGUGCAUCCAAGAUCAGGAAGCUGUUCAACUUGAGCAAGCAGGAUGAUGUGCGUCAGUAUGUGAUCAAGCGCCCUCUUUCUGGCAAGGAAGGCAAGAAGGCCAAGACAAAGGCCCCCAAGAUCCAGAGGCUCAUCACUCCAGUUGUACUCCAGCGUAAAAGACAUAAGAAGGCCCUUAAGCGUCAACGUGCUGUCAAAAAUAAGGAAGAGAAGGCUGAUUAUGCAAAACUUUUGGCUGUGCGACAGAAGGAAGCUAAGGAAAAGAGGCAAGAAGAGAUCCGUCGCCGGCGCUCUUCUAUGCGUGACUCUAAGUCCUCUGAAAAAUCUAAAUAAGCCAAUAAAGCCCUAUGUUUAGAUUA